AUGGUGGCACAUGCCAUUAAUGCUUGCACUUUGGGAGCAGAAGGAAAUGAAUCUGCAGGGAGCACUGCAGUGGAACCCCUCGUUUUCCUUCUACAGUUCUCUAGCCAGUCUGAGGCCUCCGACAGUAACCAGCAGUUACAACACGCCAUGGAGGAGCGGGCUCAGCUGGAGACCCACGUAGGCCAGUUGAUGGAGUCGCUGAAACAGCUCCAGAUGGAGAGAGACCAGUGUGCAGAGACCCUGAAAGGAGAGAGUGCCAUGUGGCAGCAGAGGAUGCAGCAGAUGGCAGAGCAGGUGCACACACUGAAGGAAGAGAAGGAACACAGAGAAAGUCAGGUGCAGGAGCUGGAGACCAGCUUGGCGGAACUCAGGAGUCAGACAGAGGAGCCACCACCCCCACAGCCUCCAGCUGGGCCCUCCAAGGUGAAAGAGCGGCUGCAGGGAGAGGUUGAGCAGCUGCAGAAGGAACUGGAGAAGCUGACGGGACAACUGAGGGCCCAGGUACAGAACAGUGAGAGCCUGAGCCUCCUGAACCGGGAGCAGGAGGAGCGGCUGCUGGAGCUGGAGCGGGCCGCAGAGCACUGGAGUGAGCAGGCAGAGGAGCGCUAG